UUUAGGAACUGGAUGGACUCGUAUCAUUCACAUUUCGGCCAGGCGCCGCUAACCUCCACUAUCAACAUUUUGUCGAGCCUCUAGAGCCGUCCUUAAAGUCUAUUUUCACGCCGAAAUGCAUUUCUCUAGUCUUCUCGCCACCGCCUUCGUGGCCACUGCCUCGGCCAAGACUACGGCCUACCCACCGAUCAAUCUGGGUCGGUUCUAUUAUCCCCACGGAAAUCAAUUCGUUGCGUGGUCACCAUUCACUCCUACGACCACACAAGAAGUCGCCGAGGUGUGCGAUGCCCGCGGUGCGAUAAGAGGAACAGCGACUUGGACCGCCGUCAGAGUCUGGAACACCUACGUCUUCGAUCCCAUCUGCCGCAACCCCUUCAACAUCACCGACGAUGUUACCAACACCACUUACUACAACUUAGAGCUUGCAUGUGUGGAUGACGACAUCCCUAUCACGGCAGAGCCCGAGGUGACCGCCGUCGUGGACAGGAACACCAACAAGACCAUCGAAACUUGCAUCCCGGUCCCGACAGACAACGGGCUUGGCGGCGGAGUGAGCUGCAGCAACCCAACUAAUGGAGGUGUCGCGUUUCAAUUUGCCUGCACUCCUCCUCGUGCCUGAAAGAUCUGUGGCGACAGAGAUAUGGGCGAAGCAACUCUUGCUAGACACUCGUUGGACCAUUUUAUGUCAACUCAAGGACGUGGAAUCUGGCUUGACACACUUUUAAUAGAAUCGCAUUUCAUAGCAUGCAUAUGAGAACGACAUAAAGAUGCACCCGAACCCAACCUGUCGCUGUUGAAAAGUUUCUAGGUACUCACGGCGC